GCCGCCUGCCCGCCCCGCCGCCGCCGCCAUGGCGGAGCGGAGCCGCGGCGCUCGGCGGCGGCUGCUGCUGCUGCUGCUGCUGCUGCUCCUGGCCGGCUCCGCCGCCAGCCCGGCCGAGGAGGGCGGCGGGCGGCGGGAGGCGGGCGGCGGGGAGCACGGCGAGGACGCGGCGCGGCACCACGACUCCUCGUACGGCACCUUCGCCAGCGAGUUCUACGACCUGCGCUACCUCUCCGAGGAGGGUUACCCUUUCCCUACUGCUCCUCCUGUGGAUCCCUUCGCAAAAAUCAGAGUGGAUGACUGUGGAAAAACCAAGGGAUGCUUCAGGUAUGGUAAACCUGGAUGUAAUGCGGAGACUUGUGACUACUUUCUAAGUUACCGUAGAAUAGGAGCUGACGUGGAAUUUGAGUUGAGUGCUGAUACUGAUGGCUGGGUGGCAGUGGGAUUUUCCUCAGACAAAAAGAUGGGAGGAGAUGAUGUCAUGGCUUGUGUUCAUGAUGACAACGGAAGAGUCCGAAUACAGCACUUCUAUAAUGUCGGUCAGUGGGCUAAGGAAAUCCAGAGAAAUCCUGCUAGAGAUGAGGAGGGGGUUUUUGAAAACAAUCGUGUAACAUGUCGGUUCAAGCGUCCUGUGUAUGUUCCCCGAGAGGAAACCAUCGUAGAUCUGCACUUGAGUUGGUACUAUCUGUUUGCUUGGGGUCCAGCAAUCCAGGGUUCUAUAACUCGUCAUGAUAUAGACUCACCACCUGUAUCAGAACGUGUUGUCAGUAUUUACAAAUAUGAAGAUAUUUUCAUGCCAUCAGCUGCCUAUCAGACCUUCUCUUCUCCAUUCUGCUUGCUCCUCAUUGUUGCACUGACCUUCUAUUUAUUGAUGGGAACCCCAUGACCAAUGGAAAAUAGCAAGAUUUUGUUGGUGGAAGUUUCUCAGGAUGGACGGCUAUAUGGAUGGAUGAUGCAUUUUUCUAUUGGAAUUUAUAUCACAGCACCAUCCUCAUCUAGCUGAUUUUGAACAUAGUUAGCUUCUCAGAAGAAUGAAAUAACCAUCUCCUUUGAGUGGCAGAGUGGUGACAAAUCAUUUAAGAAUAAUAAGCAAACACAUAGGAGAAUAUUUUCAGUGUUGUGAUUACUUGCUUACAGAAAAUGACACUUUUGUAAAAUCAAUGUGUGUGUGUGUAUGUAUGUUUGGGAGGGGUGUCUGUUUGUAUGUUUAGGUGAAUUUAGUGAUGAACAUCUUAUCAAAUAACAAAAUUGCCUUCCAAAUUGCUUCGAAAAAGCAAAUUUAGGAAAACAUUGUAAUGCUGUUUGGUACUUCUGGAGCAGAGAGCACAGCUCUGCAGUUUUGGAAGUUAAAAUCCAGAUAGCAAUGUAACGGUAAAAAACCUGCCCUCAAUAGUGGACAGU